AUGAUGCACUCAACAUCCAAAUGUUUGGCUUCCCUCUUGAAGGCCGGAACCACCCACUCCCGUUCCUCCGUCAUGAUGAUGAAAAAAUCAUCUGCUGCCCUUACCACUGCAAGAACCAAUAUCUUCUCAACCACUCAAACCAGAAAUGUUUUUGGAUUUGGAAACAGCAAUACUAACAACUCCGGAGCUUCAUGGGAACAACAAGCUUCUUCAUCCUCCCAACAAACCCAACAACAACAAACCAAUAACAAUACCACUGCUCAGCAAACUCAACAAAAUAAUAACAAUACCACUACUCAACAACAACAAACUCCUUCCGUAGAAAAGGAACAAACUCAAACACAAGAACAAACCAAGCAACAACAAACUCAAGCCGUUGAUGAUGCCAAGGUGAAAGAACUCGAAAAGGAAAUUGAGGCAUUGAAAGAAAAGAACAACAAGCUUGAUGACCAAUUAAAGAGAGCUGUUGCUGAAAUGCAAAACGUUCGUCGUAUUGCAAAGAAUGAUGUGGAUAAUGCAAAGAAGUUUGCUUUGCAAUCGUUCUCAAAGAAUCUUUUGGAAGUUGUGGAUAAUUUGGAGACUGGAUUGAAACAUUUGAACAUUGAAGACGUUUCAGAAAUUGUUAAAUUGGUUCAAGACAGUCCAGAUUGUACUGAAGAUUUACGAAAGAAGUCAAAAGCAUUGCUGACCUCAGUGGAAGGAGUGAAAAUGACUGAAACUGUCUUGUUGAAGGUUUUGGAGAGAAAUGGAGUGACCAAACUCGAAAUUGGAGAACAAACUACCUUCGAUCCAAAUUUCCACGAAGCCAUGAUGAAGAUUCCACCAAGUGAUAAGCAUCCAAAUGGCUCUGUUGCUAUGGUCUUAAAGAGCGGAUGGGUUCUCAAUGAAAGAGUGUUGAGACCUGCCCAAGUCGUUGUAGCCAUUCAAGACUAA